CAUCUAUCGUAGCGGGUGACUUGUGUAACAUAUUCGCAUGUUUUAUUCCCGCGAUAGACAAUCCCCCGGACAAACAAGAUAUCUAAGCGGUUAGAGAGCGACACCAGUCAGUUGCUCAUAUUUCACUGUUCGGAAGUGACAGGCUAACCCGUCCGGGAAGGGUUCCCCGCCGAACUCGAUAAAGUUUUCUUCUCUCAUCUAAGGGUUUCGCGGAAACGGUGGCGUGCCAGUAUCGAAGCUAAAUGUGCAUCAAACGAUCAGUUGCACAAGGAGGAUCAUUAGCCUUAGAACAAGCCGCUGCUGAAUGUGGUCUAUGCAGUUGUUAUUGUUAUUAGCCGGUGGAUAAUAUUCUCUAAGUGUUGGAAUCGGGAGUUAAACAUCUUUUGUAAUUAAGCGUUGAUCUAAUGAUAUCUAUCAACAGCCUGAAAACGCCUCACAGCGCUAGGUGGGAACGUACUUGUCUGGUACACGGGGUGUAGAUCUCGAUAUAGUAUAUCAGCAUCGAGUAGUGUUAUUUAAAAUAUAAAAAUCUCGUGAAGAAGUACAGUCGGAUUUCAACAGUUAGAAGAGAAACGCGCGCGAGGCAGCAAUGAAUAGUUUAAUAAGUGCUCUGAUUGUGAUUGCCAGUUUGGGCGUUUGCCUUGCGGAUGUUGCUCCUGUUUUGCAAGUAUGCAGCCGCAAUGACGAAAAGCUUGGAGAGUGCAUUACAAAAGUGGUGGAUAAAAUUCGACCAAAUAUCGCUAAUGGAGAAUACGGUGGAGGACGCACUGCCCCAAAACUGGAUCCGUUCUCGAUUGAUAAGCUGGACAUCGAUAAUGGACCGAGCUUCCGCGCAAAGAUGAGAAAUGUGACCAUCGACGGGCUCAGCAAGUUUGAAAUCCAAAAAAUUCGCCCGGAUAUACCUAACAAGCGAUUCUACAUCACAGCGAAGGUUCCCUCUUGCUUAGUUCGAGGAAAAUACGAACUCAAUAUGAACAUUCUGCUGCUGAAAAUCGCUGGCAAAGGAAACUUCAAUUUGACAUUAGAUGACACGCUGGUGAACAUGAAAGUCCAGUACUACUUGGAACCGAAGGACGGCAAAAGCCUUUUGAAAUUCCACCCGGUAGAGCUGAAAAUCAAGUUCGACAAGGCAGUGUUCUAUCUGCAGAACUUGUUCGGGGGCGAUCCAGCCCUGGAACGGAUCGGAAACGAAGCGAUCAACGCCAACCCACACCUGCUGCUGGACGAAGUGAAACCCGCCAUCAGGGACAAUCUGCGGGACACGCUGACACUUAUCUCCAACUCGGUUGUUGAAGGAUCGGAAGAGGAUGAACUGCUUCCGAAAGGGAAAGCUUAGUUUCGGAAGCGAUGCGAAUCAAAUUGCGCUGUGAGGUUGUUAUAAAUUGUUAAUUGUUUGGUUA